AUGUCACCCCUAGAGGACACCAUUCAUCACCUGCAUUCUGGCGACCCAGGACCGAUGCCCGAGAAAUCCGAGAAAGCGCCAUACCAGCACUCAGACCUAUCUUCCGAACAUGCCACGGAUAUUCAUCACGGUACUAUUUUGGGCAAUGAGGUCCACGCUGGACUGCAACGUAGACUCGGCAAUCGUCAAAUCCAGCUUGUCGCCAUUGGUGGAUCCAUUGGAACUGCCAUAUUCGUGACCAUCGGAGACGCACUCCGUAAAUCAGGUCCCGGUGGGCUGCUGCUAGCAUUUCUGAUCUACAAUGCCAUGCUAGCUAUGGUCAACAACUCUAUGGCGGAAAUGUCGACAUACAUGCCCGUGAGUGGUGGCUUCAUCUACAUGGCCGGCAAAUGGGUCGACGAUGCCCUAGGCUUCAUGGUCGGCUGGAACUUUUUCCUUUAUGAAGCCAUCAUGAUCCCCUUCGAAAUUACAGCGAUCAAUAUGGUGCUGUCCUUUUGGCGUAACGAUAUCCCCCCUGCGGCUGUCUGCGUUGCUUGUAUUGUAAUAUACGCUUGUCUGAAUGCCCUGGCUGUCAAAGGCUAUGGCGAAGCCGAGUUCUGGCUUUCCGGUGGGAAAGUCAUCCUGAUAUUCAUCCUGUUCGCCUUUACUUUUGUCACAAUGGUAGGGGGUAACCCACAGCACGAUGUCUUUGGGUUCCGUCAUUGGCGCCAUCCUGGCCCGUUCGCAGAGUAUCUCCACACGAACGACCUUGGGCGAUUCGAAGGUUUCUUAGCCGCACUAUGGGCGGCCUCGUACACUUGUGUCGGCCCGGAGUACAUCUCAAUGGUAGCUGCCGAAGCAAAGCAUCCUCGUAUCUACAUCAAAAAUGCGUUCAAGACUGCUUACUGGCGUUUCGGAGUCUUCUUCGUGGGAAGCGCUCUUUGCUGCGGUAUUCUAGUCGCCUAUAAUGAUCCCACUUUGGUCGCAGUGUACUCCGGUGAGUCUGAGGGUGCAGGAACUGCUGCUGCGUCGCCCUCGUCGCAGGUCUUGACCUGGCUCAUGAAUCUGUUGACGGCAGCCGCCAUUAUCGAUUAUAUUGUCAUGUGUGUCACAUAUAUUUGGUUCUAUCGAGCAUGCAAAGUUCAGGGUUUCGACCGUUCCAAGCUUCCUUACAAGGGCUGGUUUCAGCCUUGGUGCGCCAUUAUCGGCCUUCUGUGGAUGACGAUGAUUGUAACCUGUUAUGGGUACACAAGCUUCACCCCUUGGAAUGUGACGACCUUUUUCACGCAUUAUACGAUGCUUCUAUUUGGAAUCAUCACAUUUGCCGGGUGGAAAUUGUUCAAACGCACUCGGCUAUUGCGCCCGGAUGAACUGGAUCUUACCUUAGAUGCCCCUGAUAUCACUGCAUAUGAAGAGGCUGCCAAAAUCAACGAUCCCCCUAUAGGGUUCUGGGCUGAGCUCAUCCAACCUUUCAGGCCGAAGUGGAAAACGACUCAAGAGCAGUCAGAUCGUACGGUUUGACGCGCUGGCUCGCCUGCAGCUAUAUAGGUGAUGGUAAUGGGACAUAACGCAUGAUAUGGGAGGGACUGUACUGAUGCUGUAGUGCAUGCACUGUUUUUGUACAUACAAUUGGACAUUCUGUGAAUGUGCCUGUCGGGAAAGGACGUAUGUAUCUGUUGUACCCCCAGGCCUUGAACGUUGUAUGCAGCAAUGAAUGAGAGGCAUUGAG